AUGGAUACUCAAUACAUAAAUGCUACCUGCACUAAAUGCACAUUCCCUGCUAGUAAUUUUAGUCUUUUUCCAGCAUAUAAAAUAUCAAAAGGGUUGACAAUUUUUUUAGCUGGUUUGACACUCUUUACAGCCAUUGUGGACAUCCUUGGAAAUCUCCUUGUGAUUCUCUCUGUUAUGCAAAACAAGAAACUCAGAAAUGCUGGUAAUAUGUUUGUCAUCAGUCUGUCUGCAGCAGACAUCAUUGCAGCUGUGUAUCCAUAUCCUUUACUUUUUGGUGCCAUUUUACAAAACCAGUGGACGUUUGGAAACACACAAUGUCAGAUAUCAGCGAUGAUUCAUGGACUAAGUUUUAUUGGUUCAGUCUAUAAUAUAAUGGCCAUAGCAAUCAAUCGAUGGUGCUGCAUUUGUCAUAGCAUCACUUAUGAGAACCUGUACAGUAUGAAAACUACCUGUUUUUAUAUUUUCCUGACAUGGGUGUUUAGUUUUAUUCUUGUUUUGCCUAUGUUUUUAGUUGGGGCUUUCCAGUACCAUCCCCAUGUUUAUUCUUGUGUGCUCAUGUUUACAGCAAAUGUAGAAUUAACUAUUGGCGUUGCAGUAUUUCACUUUAUUAUACCUGUAACUGUUGUAAUCUACUGCUAUGUACAAAUCUGGGUCCUGGUCAUUCAGGUUAAGUACCGUGUCAGACAGGAGAGCAAACAGAAAGUGAAACCAGGAGAAGUACGUAACUUUCUCACCAUGUUUGCAGUGUUUGUUCUUUUUGCGAUUUGUUGGGGUCCAUUCAGUAUUCCUGCUUUGAUUGUUGGUUUCAGUCCACCAGGAAAGUCACCUAAAUUUCCAGAUUGGCUUUUUGUUGUAGGCUAUUUUACUGCUUGUUUCAAUAGCUGCCUCAAUGGUAUGGUUUAUGGAGUUUUUAACCAGAACUUCCGGAAAGAGUACAAAAGUAUACUUUGGUCACUAUGUGCACUUAUACUAAGAGGGAUAAAAAUAUGUUGA